CGGGGGGAUUCCCUGUGAUGCACCGUAUCGGUCAAUAAAUAGCGACGCCAGCCGCGCGUUACUUCCCUGUAGAAAUCCCGGAUUCAAUCCGUAAUCUGUUUCAUUGUUCCCGCGAGACUGCCAGUCGAACGAUCUUCUUCGCUCUGGAACGAAAGGAGCCGCAGACGCCGCGAUCGUGCUCGGUGCACCGGUUAACCGUGAUCCAACGAUCUAUCCGUUAGAAUUCGAAAGUUCUGCUAGUGCGUUCUGAACAUUUUCGUAAAUCGAAAUGACCGAGUUGACGAGAUACACUUUGAAGGAUGUGGCGAAAAAGGAUGGGAGAGACGGAGCUGAGACGUGGCUCGUGAUCCACGAUAUGGUGUACGACGUGACCAAAUACAAAGCUGAGCAUCCAGGUGGUCCGGAAUUGCUCGAUGAGUACGCUGGCCAAGACGCGACAUCCGGUUUCGAGGACUUUGGCCAUUCUUCGGAGGCGAAACACAUGCUGAAGGACUUCCUCAUUGGAGAAUUAGUAGAAGAAGACAAAAGGGGAAACAGGAAGAAAAAUGGUAACGCAAACGCGAAGACCAGAAGGAGGUUUCUAUCAAUAUUAUGCGGAAACUGUGCAUCGUGACAUGACGAAGCAAUCGAACAUCGUAACGUUAAGUUGUAUUAAUUUAUUUGAUUUUUGUUCGCGUUUUUCCUCCUUUUUGUACCGCUAUGUUUAGAUACACAUCUAGUUACAAUAUAUGAAAUAAGAGUAGAAUAAGAAUACACUGUAGCAUGUAAUAUAUUUUGUUAAAAAAAAGCAGGUGAUCGACCUUAAAGUUUAAAGUAAUUUCUAUUCGAGUAUGGCGGUCGUGAAUGGGAGAAUGGUAGUUCGCGAUGCGUUGGCAGCGUGCUAAGUGUACGCACGAUUUGUAAUGAUCGACGUGGAUCGAUAUGGGUGAUCUGGAGUCUUGGACCUUUAACCCUUCGUCAGCGGUGACUCGGUCUACUUUGACCUAGAUUUUCAAAAACUUCUUUUAAUUUCUUACUUUUUCUAUUGCUAGGAUAAUUUCGAGUGAAAUGGCCUAAUCUCAUUUAGAUGAUGAAAUAUCUGUAUUUUCAAUUGUGAAUAGUAUCUUAGUAUCUUAGUAUUUUAGUAUCUUAAUAUUUUAUUAUCUUAGUAUCUUACUAUCUUUCCGAGAGGUCCAUUGAACUAUUUUUCUUAUAUAUAUUUACUGUCACAAAUAUAUUUCCUUUGUAUUAAUCAUAUUUAUGACGUAACAGUUUUUGUUUAAAGUCGGUCAUCUCACUCCAACUUACCCUAAUUGCGUUUGCUAGUGGAUCACAUUAGGUCUAGUAAUGAGAUUAACAUGUCUCGUAGAACUUUAACGCCAGGUUCACGGACAUUUAUUGAACAGCUUAUUCGAUUGUUCGUAGAAAAAUUUCGCUCAAAAUCAACAUAAACGUGUACCAAAUAAUGUUUACAAAAUUCAAUGUAAUAAUUUAAAUUGACGUGGUCCGUAAAUCUAGCGUUAAUAAUUUCAGGCAAGAUCGUUUAUAAAAUCAUCAAAAACAUCUGAGAGUUAAAAGUGCAACGACGUAAUCAUCGCUUUUCAUCGAUAAUUACCAUGAAAUAUUUGUUCUAUCGGCUUCUUUGACUUGUACUUAUUUCAUCUCGAAUUUCCUUCUGUCGUUUCGCAACGCUUUGUACCGUCAACCGGAGCAAUUGCAAGCGAAUCGCAGAACUCCGUUCAGUUGCAACUUUUGCCACGUAGUCUGCGGACAUCCACGCAAGGAAAAGUAUUUUAAAAAAGAUUAUACAGUACAAAGUUUAAUGACAUUGCAAACGUAAUUCGUCGGAAUCGUUGUUUCAUGAAACAUAUUUAAAAGUCUCUUAUCUCCGGUUGAUAAUAGCGCGGAUGAACUGCUAAAGAAUCGCGGUUUAAUCUAGAUCUGGGAUCAACAUUGCGAGACGUGCGCGUCUAAUCUGAGAUCGGAAUGACCGUAAUCGAUUUCGAAUUAACGUUAUCACUCCAUGUUCCGAGAAAUAGAUGUCGACGAAAAUAAACAACGCCCAAUAUUUACUCAAUGUUGACAUUAGAAGCAUCGAAUUUCAUUUGAAUAAUAAAGAAAUAGAUUCAAUAUUAACUGAUACAUUAAUCGAUCGAUAUAUUAGAAACUAAUUUUCCGUUCUUGUAUCCACUUUUCUAAAUUUCUUAUGAAUCCCCGACAUUGACGUCAAUCUCAGAUUCUCAAGAAACCAAUCGGCCAAUCUAGAUAACGAUAGAGACGCAGAUUCAGAUCCACCCGCCCAUUAUCUGGCCGGUGGCUUUCGAUUUUCCUCUGAGUUUCGUGGUGGCGACCGGUACAUUUUCUUCUUGCGAUUUCGGUUCUUUCUUCUUUUUCUCUUCUUCUUUCUUCUUCUUCUCUUCUUCCUCUUUCUUCUUCUUCUCCUCCUCUUCCUUCUUCUUCUUCUCCUCGUCGUCCUCUUGCUUCUUGUCGCCGCCAUCUUUCUUCUUGUCGUCGCCAUCUUUUUUCUGGCUAGUGUCCGGCGGCUUCUUCGCGGCCGUAGCUUUACCCUGCGGCGAUUUCGUCGCGUCGUCUUCCCUUGGGUCCUCAGGGAUCGGCGACGGAGCUCUAAAAUCCGAUUUACUAUCCGUUGGCGACGGAGUCUUGUCCGCUGCCUUGUCUUUGUCUAUGCUGCUCACGCUCAGAGACUUCAGCACGCUUUUCCUCAACGCUGGGCCCAUCAAACGAGGCGGGUCCGCUCCUCCAACCCGAAUGCUCACCCUAGGAGCGCUGCCCGAACCUUCGCCGCCACCUUCCUUUUGCGCCUCUUCUGAAGUUAAUACAGUCAUUUCAAUUCUUUUAAACCUUUGCAGCCGAACGUUCGUUCGCUGUAUGGGUUCAUCGUUUUCUAAUGAAAUAUCGGUGAGAUCUUCGAAAGGGAUUCUUAACCAGUUAACUGUGUUCGACGAGUACACACGUCAUCGUAAAGCUUGACACGAUACUAAUUCUUUCACCGAUGAAUUCUUUAUUUUUCUACAUAAACAUGUAAUUC